AUGACUAUCAAGACAACCCCUAUAGAUUUGAAUCAGUUCAAUGAUACAACGCUAGAACACCUCCUAGCUCAGUUGAACAAGAUCUACUCAACUUCAAAUUUACUUGUGUUGGAUCCAAUCCUUUCGCCAUUAAUAAAUAGUCUCACAACAUUUCUGAUCAUCAAAGAACAUGGCCAUUGCCAAAACGUCGCAUGGUUAAAUGAGGACUUGAUGGGAUUACCAUCUUCUGUGCUAUCAAAGUACUCGAGUUUAAUCGUAUUGCUUCCCGAAUCAGAAGCUAAUUUGACAAAAUUGGAAAAGUAUAUACGGCACAUGCAACGUGAAAACCACGGCUUGAAAUUCAACAUAAUAAUCAAAGACUUGUCCAAGUCGUUCCUAUACCAGGUUAAUAAAGUGUUUAAUGGCAUUUUUGAUUUUGAAAAGAUCUUAGCCUUCUCCGAACCGCUCAAACCUAUAAGCAUAACAUCAAAAAUCAAGGUAUUCAAUUGGAAUACCGAACCGUUGUAUACAGAUGGGAUAUUGAUCACCGAAAUUAGCCAAUACUCAGGGUUAGAUGAUUAUUUUUCUAGACCAUUAAAGCAAAUCAGCCAUUUGACUAACGCUGUUCUUAAAGUUUUGUUUAUGGGGAUAAAUGAGAACAACCACCAACACUUAUUCAAGCUUCGAAACAUAUAUGGCAAGGGGAAUCACUCUGACUUGCUCAUCAAAACUCUCUUACAUGCCCAGAUACCCAGUUACUUGAACGAGCAUAUGACGCCGCCAGAGAUUGAGUUCUACGAAGACAAAUUGCAUAGUAAUACAGAUUUGGUUGUGAUUGAACGUAAUUUGGAUAUUAUGCCCGUUCUAUUUAGCCAACUAACGUAUCACGGUAUUAUCGAUGAUUUAUUUGAAAUCAAGUUUGAAACCAUAGUCAAUUUGAAGGGUGAUGUCAGCAAAAACCUCUCCAAUGAUGAAUUGUAUAAUCAAGAUUUAAAACACUUAAAUUUCUCAGCUAUUGGAUCAAGGUUGAAUAAAAUGGCCAAAUUGAUUCAACAAAAAUUCAAAGAUUCGGGUAAUUCAGGAGAUACAAAUAUUGAUGACAUGAAGAAUUUGGUAUCCAAUUUGGGAAGCUUAACAUUGCAACAGGAUCUAAUCAAAAAGCAUACGGUGAUUGGAGAAGCAGUGCUUCAUAAAAUAAAUAAUGAGUAUGAAAAGUUUUUGACAUUACAAAAUGACAUUUUUGAAAUGGAUUACAAAUUGCAAAUGUCCAACUUGAGAUCUUUUAUAAAUAGCAAUUACCAAAUCGAAUUCAUAUGGCCAACGAUAUUGCUAAUUGGAUACAUCAAUGAUGGCAUUCCAAGCAAAGACUUGGAAAAGAUUUCCACUGAUUUGCAGGACAAUUACGGGUUAAAUGCUGCAAUUGCUUUCGAAAAGUUGGUUGACUUGAAAUUGAUUAGGGUCAUCAACGAUUCUUCAAACGACUUUUUAACAUCAUUGGGCUUGACAAAUCAAAAGAAGCAUCAUAGCAUUGGUCCUCUUCAUGAAGACGAUAGCGAUGUUGCAAUAACUGGCGGGAAAGAUGUACUCAAGAGCAAUUAUACACUUGUCAACAAAUUCUGGAACUUGCAUCCGUAUGAAGACGAUGAUCUAGCAGAAACGAGUACAACAAAGCAAGAUCUGACGAACCUUGUGCAACAGUACCCCAACCCAUCUUUUACCUUGCCGGGAAACACAGUACCGCUAACAUUCCGAAUCAUUGAAUCACUAUACUUUCGUGACUUUUUAAAAUAUAAACCAGUUAAUAAUGUCAAGUCGCGGCCAAAUUGGGACAAUCUAGGGUUGAAUACAAUGUUAGCCGGUAAAAGCGUCGAUAUGAAUAUGGACAACGUGAAUGAUGACAAGCUGAGGUAUUUGAUCAUUGUAUUUAUUGGAGGAAUUACAAGAAGUGAGAUGACAUGUUUAAAGUAUCUCGAAGAGAGAUUAAAAGCUAGAGGAACGCCAAAAGAAAUAAUAGUGAUUUCGAAUGGAAUAAUCAACAGUCAUAACCUCUGGCUGUAUAUCACAGAUUAG